AUGACAAACCAUUACCAAUUUGAAGUUAUUAUGACUUGUUCAGGUUGUUCCAAUGCCAUUGAUAGAGUACUUAAAAGAUUAGAACCAGAUGUCUCUAAAUAUGUUAUAUCUUUAAAAAAACAAACAGUGGAUAUUGAAACAACUUUACCCUUAGAAACAAUACUAAGUAAGAUUCAAAAGACUGGUAAAGAAGUGACAGGUUCCAAAGUCAUCGAGACUCCUUUAAUAUAG